AUGGCAACCUCGCUGCCGCUCGACCGGAGCCAACACCGAGCAUAUUGGGCGUCUCUAUUGUUCUUGACCGCGACUUCGAUCAACUGCAUUCUGAAUAGCUAUUCGGCGAGAUGUCAACGGCAAGAGUAUGGCGACCCGCGAGGGCUUUGGCGCAACGUCGGUCCUUUUCCACUACACCGCGGGCACUGGAUAACUAUGCCUUCAUUGGGCUUGGGCGGAUGGUAUGUUUACUUUGCUGCCUGUCUUUGCGUGGAAUUCUUGGAGCUAACCGUUCCUCUUCAGGGAUACCAAAUGGCACGAAACCUCCAGUCCAAACUUCCACCAGGCGACACCAUUCGGCUGUACGAUAUCAACCGGAGCGCAGCUGAAAAGCUCGUCGAGGAAAUGAAGACGCAACAAGCCGGUGGUGCUGCCCCAGAGGUGUCUACCAGCGUCUCAGACGCUGCGAAGGAAGCAGUAGGUUUUCUUCCAUUUUUCUUGCCACAUCCCCCACAAGCUUUUAUAAGCCUAAAAACACUUGUUUUCACAACUCCGCCCCAAUCUGUGGACAUUGCGGAUCUCCCACCUCGUCCGCAACCUCGACUCUUCAUUGACUCGUCAACGAUUGACCCACACACGUCGUCCACAGUAUGCCAAUUGGUGGAAGACAAGCUCCCUGGGCAGGGUCACUUUGUUGAUGCCCCCAUGUCAGGCGGGGUUGUCGGCGCCACAGCUGGCACAUUGACGUUCAUGCUGGGCUCUGACAAGUCGCUGGUCGGCCGCCUUGAGCCCAUUUUGCUUCGUAUGGGGAAACGAGUGCUUCAUUGCGGUCCGCAAACCGCUGGUCUCGCAGCCAAGCUGGCCAACAACCUUUUGCUGGGGAUACAGAACAUCGGUACGGCGGAGGCUAUGCUGUUGGGUGUCAAACUCGGUCUUGACCCCAAGGUACUGGCAGAUGUCAUCAAUGCUAGCACUGGAAAGUGCUGGGCAAGUGAGGUCAACAAUCCUGUACCGGGCGUAGUUCCAACAGCCCCGGCAAGUCGUGGCUACGAAGGCGGGUUUGGCAUCGAGCUCAUGUUGAAAGAUAUGAAACUUGCUCAAGAUGCCGCCCGGAGGAUAGACCUUCAGCAGACCAUGGCUACCAAGGCUCUUGAUCUGUAUGAAAGGGCUUCCAAGGAUGCCGAAUGCAAGGGUCGAGAUUUCUCGGUUGUCUACCAAGUCUUUGACAAGACGAAUGGUCAAGGGCCGUGA